AUGGCUGAGAGUCAGUCAGAGACCGAGUCACUGCAUUUUUCCAUCGGUAUUUUGGGCAUCGCAGGGGGUUCUCUUCUACUUUUGGUGAACAAUUAUGGAAGUGGUUCUGAAGGGAGCCUCGUCCCGGACACUGCUUUGGGAGUGCUGCUCCUCAUCAUUGCAACCCUGUUGGCUUAUGCAGGAAUACAUCGCAGCUUCUACCGCAACUCACUGUUUGUGUCUUUGUGUCUGACCAUAUCUGCUUUAUGGUAUGGAUCAGGACUAGUCCACAUCCUGUUUGGGGAAGCCAUUAUAAAUGGCAGAGAAAGCCUGAGAAAUGCCAUGGUGCCAGGGCUAGCUGCCUUUACCUUAGCGCUGUUUGUCAUUUGCAUAGUGGCUGUACUACAGAAAGACAUUGUCCACUCCUUCAUUGCUCUCUCUAUUUGUUUGGCGUGUGCCCAUCAGAUAGCUGGACUCGCUGAUAUUGCCUUUGGCCAAUCGGCUACUGCCGCCUGCUUCCUUUUAGUCUGCUUCGUUUGUGCUUACUUUGGAUUUGGACGCUUAUUGUCCUACAUCACAAGGGGCAAGAUUGAGCCACCAGGCACAGGUCUUCGGAAAAAGGCUGAUCUGAGACCUGCACAGGGUGAGGAUGUUUGUGAUGUAGCUACAGUGGGCCUUGUCAUGAACUUGUUGUCGGCCAGCGUGCUGGCCUGUCCUCUCCUAGGUGUGGUCCCACAGCUGUUCUCUGGUUUGGUACCUUGGCUUUGGACAGCUGGCGUUUUCCAGCUGGGCGUGUGCAUCCUCUCUUACCGAGCAAUGGACGCCCUAGCAGCCACAUUUUAUGGGUUCACAGCUGUUCUGAAGUUUGCAGAGGGUUACAGUGUGCUGGUGACUGACUUGACAGAGGUGGUACCAUAUUCUCCAGUGCCCUUUCCAACGGUUUUUGCAGUUCUUUUCUUUGUCCUGGCUUUGUUUAGUUCCCAGAGAGGUUUGGUCCAUGGGCUGUACCAGCUGUUCUUUGUGGCUUACUGCAUAGCCAUUGCUGCCCAGCCCAAAGGUUUCUACCAGGAGGGCACACAAGGCGUCCAGGCAGCUAUCUUUGUGGCGUCUGCACUGGUUCUCUUUGUGACCUUGCACAACAAAUUCUCGCCACACAAGAUACCCACAGGUGAGGGCCUGUUUAAAAGCAUGUUUGCCCGUACCAGUAAACUCACAUUACGGGCUCAUGACAAAGAUCUUCAUGCCCCUUAUCUUGGCUACUCAAAGUACGCAGAUGCGGAGGUGUUGGGACACGCCUGUAGUGUCCUGGCUGCUUUUGCCAUCACGGCCAGUGUUGGCAGUCAGGGCCCCUUAGCGGUUCUCAUUUUGCCUUGGGCAGUGGUUGCAGGUGGUGUGCUGCAGCUGCUGUGUGGCUCUGUGGCCUUUGCACGAGGCAAGACCUUGGAGAGCACGACUUUCAUUCUCUAUGGCUUCAUGUGGAUCAUUUGGGGCCUCACACGCUUUGGAGGACUGUACGGUGAUACCCGUGGUUUCAGUGUCGCAGUGGGUAUCAUCAGCUUCAUGCUGUUUAACGUGUUAGUGACGGUGGGUGCCCUCUUCCUCAGCAAGGCCUGGUUUGUCUACGCCUUCACCUUCCAGCUCAUCCUCAUUAGCUUCCUGUUGGAUGCGGUGGGGGCCCUGCCGUAUGGCUAUGACAUCGGCGUGACCAUUAUCUUCGGCCUGGUCAGUUUUUACUGUUUCUUAGCCAGUAUCUUCAACUACACCUUCCAGACCCCACAGCUGCCCUUUGGGGAUCCUCUGAUCAAGCUUAGUGGCUUUGGUGGGGCCAAGGACAACUGUCCUCACCUGCCAGCCAGGAAGGCAACGUCAGUCCAGCAGAUUGCAGAGAUCAUGAAGAAUGGAGGUAUAUGUGGGAUGCCCACAGAUACGGUCUAUGUGCUUGUAGCUGCGUGCAACCGACCAGAGGCUGUGGAAAAAGCAUACAAGGUGAAGAAGCAGGCGCAGGAACGGCCCAUGUCAUUGUGGAUCUCCUCCAUUAAGCAGUUAGAGCCUGUUAGGGAUCAGAUCAACCCUCUACUCUGGGACUUCAUGGAGGCUGCCUGGCCCUCGUCCAUCAGCCUGGUCAUCCCCAGAGCUCCGUGGAUGGACUUCUUCGGCCUUGGUGACUCGUCAAAAUACAUUGGCACACCGCAAAGCAUAGCAAUCAGAAACCCAGACUGCACUGUGGCAACGCAUCUUAUAAGUCUGGUGGGCCCCAUUGCUGUAACGUCAGCCAACCCGACUGGAGAGGCAGACACGACGCAUCAUAACCAGGUGUACGCCAAGUUAGGAGACAAGGUUAACGGAGUGCUGUGCGACGGACCAUCGCCAGAGAAUAUUGCAUCCACCGUGGUCGACUGCACCAAGAUCGACAGUGGUAACAUCGGGUUCUUCAGAGUGGGUCUGAUCCCGAAAUCCAAGGUCCUACAGAUCUUUGAGGAGAUUCAGAAGAGGCACCUGCAUGGACAGCUCAACCCUGCUUUUGAGACAGACAUCGGAGAUUCACCCAGAGAGAGCAGAUCGCGAGAGGCAAGCCCAGAAGGAUCCACAAGUUCUUUAGACCUGAGUCAAGCAGGCAAUGAAGAAAAUGACAGCCAGGCACCUUCCAACAAUGAGGAGGAUCUUCUCUAAACACAGUGCAAUGCUUCAUUAAAAAAAAUAUUCUGAUUUGUAAUUACUGUUUAGUAAAUGAUGAUUGUGUGAUUUAUGUUGCAUUUUUGAAGCGUUGAUUUCCUUAAACUUUUAAGCACAGUACAAGAUGUUCUUCUGAAUAAUAUAAAAAUGCAUCAAACUGACCCAAAAAAAAAUCACGCAAUCUCUCAGGGUUACAAAAUAAAAGAAUAUGUCAUUUCACAAAAUUCAGAUCCAGUCCUGAACUAAAACACUGAAUUCUCUACUUUGCAUUAUUUGGUAUUAAGCAAUACACGACAGAGGAUCCUCAUUAUUAUAGAUGCUGCUUUGUUCUUACUGACAAAGGCAACCUUAGUGUCCUAGUCUGGAACUGAUAGGUCCCAUGUAAAAUAUGGUUUAGGGCUGUGCUUUCAGGACACACACUGAAGUGGACAAGAACUUGAGAAAUUAAAUGCAAGUUUGUUCAUUAUUUGCACUUU